AUGCAGGCUGGAGUAGCCCGCACCUUGGCGGGUUGGCAUUUUGCCAACCCGAGCCCGCCAUUUUUGGCAGGCUGGCGCGGGCCCAGCCCGUAUUACCAGCUCUAUUCGGCAUUUAGGAGUGGCACUCACCUUCGCUGGUGGGAGAGUCUUUUCUACCGCUUCAUCCCGAUUAGUCGCCUGCCUUGGCAUAGGGAGCGUUCAGAUUUGGAUGAUCCCGAACAGCCUGAUCAGCUACCCGGCGAUGCUCUUUUCGGAUUCUACUUUUUAAGGGGUACCAUAGAAAAGAAAAGGAGACAUGUAAUUGGUAUGCAGAUCAUGAAACAACUGCUAGACAAUGACGCUUUUUAUGAUAGUUUGAUGGAGACGGAGCUGUUGGGGACGGAGGACGAUCAUCCGGCGAACUUAUUCAUGCCAGAUCCUUCAUAUAAAGCGUCACCAUUAUUAGGAUGGACACCAUUGUUGAGAGCAACAAAAUAUGGUGCAAUCGAAAUGGUGUGGGCAAUCUUGGAAAGAAAGCCAUUUGCACUUGAGGAUGAAACUGAUGAGAAGAAGAAUGUGAUGUUGGUGGCGGUGGAAGAGAGACAGUCCAUCCUAUUGAUGCAAUUGAGGAAGAAGCCAUCCAUCUGGAAUCGGAAUCUCCACCAUGCAACCGACAUCCAUGGCAAUACUGCCUUGCACCUGGUCGCAAAGCUUUCUCGUCAUAGGAAUAUACCUAUGUCUGCCAUUCACUUGCAAUGGGAAGUACACUGGUUUGAGUAUGUGAAGAAUAUGAUGCCGCUGGAGUUCAAUGAACGGCAAAAUAAGGAAGGCAAAACGCCGGGGAUGGUCUUCGCGGAGGAACACCAUGAUCUGGUGCAAAAAAGUAACAAGUGGGUGAAGGAAAUGUCCGGAAAUUACAUUGUGGCGGCGACGCUUAUUUCCAGUGUUACAUUUGCAACGUGCUACCAGGUCCCGGGAGGCUACGACGGAGGCAACGGCAGGCCGAUUGUAGGCAAUCGUUCUGGGUUUCACAUGUUUGCUAUCACGGCACUGGUUUCCUUUUGCUCCUCCGUCACUUCGCUCGCCGCCUUUCUCGCCAUUUACAGCUCUCAAAGUGAUCGGCCCAAGCAUUACCGGCGACGUCUGCCAUUGAAACUCUGCUUGGGUUUAUUUUCUCUGUUUCUCUCAGUUGUGUCCAUGUUGAUUUCUUUCUGUGCUGCGCAUACCUUUGAACUUGUUGGCCCCAGAAACAAGUCGUCUGCGUAUGUCCCCUUGUACGUUGGUCUCACUUUGAUCCCUCUCUGCUUUUACGGGGCAACUCAAAUUCCACUCUAUUGCCGUCUUCUCAGAGCCAGUUUUUCUCGUGUGCCAUUGUCCAGGCCAUUCCAUGUGGAACAGUGA